GUUAUUAUUAUAUAUGUUUUAGCUGCACAUUUUAAAUGUUGCUAUACGAUUUAAGAUUGCGGCCAUAUAGUAUAUGGCUGCAUAUUAAUUUUGCAAUGAAAUUCUAGUAAAAAUGCAGCUAAACUUUUUCAUAUAUUGGCUAAAGUUGCACAUUUUCUAAGUGCAGCCUUUUCACCUAUGGCUGCAAUUUGUUUUGGCAGAAAGGUAAAGAAUGUGUUAGUGUGACUGUUUAAGAAAAUAAUGUUUUAUUUUUUGGAAAAGUGAAUAUGAUGAUCUGACAAGAGGACUGUUAAACUUUGACAGAGUUCAAAUAAAACAGCUUCAACCCAUAAUACAACAUUGGAUACUUAUAAUGGGCAUUAUCCCCAAUCCCCAUUCUUGGCCCAAUUCUAUCUAAAAUGUUUUCUUACAUUAGCUGUCUAUAAACCAUUUUAUAUCAGAUAGCGUCUACGAGAGUUGAUACUUGGCCCAAUUCUGUCCAAGAGGUUUGGUUUUCUUACAUUAGUUGUCCAUAAACCACCCAAAGUCAGACACAAUUCACGAGAAACAGACCCCAGCCUCACCAGUACAUAUUUUUCACAAUAUUCUUUCCUGACACUUUCAACAGCCUGGCAACAUCACAACAAAUUUGUUGUCACUCUGUUGUUUUAGUUAUGACCGUAUCUGACAUUCAUAUUUCAUGUUUUGUUUUAGUUUAUUCAUUCAUAUCAUGCUUAUACUUAGACAUCCAUAAUGUGUGUAUGUUAGUUUAUUAAAAAUUCAAUUUUUACAAUUUUUGCCUAUAAAUUCCCACCGAGAGUGAAAAUUCAUCAUCAAGAAUUCUGUUGAAUUUGCUUUUACUCUAUCAAAAACAUGCAUAAUUGUUUACUUUUGUUAGCUGCCCUGGUUUUUCUUCCAUUCACUGUAGGUCAAGCACCUUUUGACCUGUACAAGUUAAGUCUUAGAUGGCCUCCUUCUGAAUGCAACAUUGGCCAACUUAAGUGCACACCGACGGUUCUUAACUAUUGGGUUAUUCAUGGUAUUUGGCCUACAUAUGAGAAUAAUACAGCAGUCCCCAAGUAUGAUAAAACCAAAAAUUCUUGUGCUCAUAAUCCUACAAAGGAAAACCAAAUUAAGGCUAAGUUGUCCUCCAUUAAAAACACUCUAACACAAUUUUGGCCAAGUCUCCGAAAUUAUGCAAAGGAUAAAACAAAUCUAAAAGAUUGGAUCCAUGAAUGGAAGUUUCAUGGCCAAUGCUCUGAUUACCCAACAGAUCCUCUAUCAUAUUUUAACUCUGCCCUAUCUCUCAGAAGAAAGAAUGACUUAGCAGGUACUAGAAUUCAACCUCGAGAAGAACCAUAUCAAGCAAAAGAGAUUGUAGAUGCAGUCAAGCAAAUUUUGGGUGCAACUCCUGAAAUUACAUGCAACACACACCGUCCAAGUGGCAUGAUCCAACUGCGAGAAGUUCGUAUGUGCUUUAAAAGAGCCAAGCCCCCUACUGAACCUAGAGAUUGCCCCAUCCAGUUUUCUGGUACUUGUAACAAGGAAUCUGACCAUAUAAGGGUGCCUCCUGCUCCAUCACCAGGACAUUCACAAGUACCAUGGCUGCCUAUUAAUAUAUUUUUAUUGGCUUUUUGUUUAGGAAUAGUUAUUUAGGUGUUUGAUUUUAGUUAGCUUUUCUUUAUAUGGUGGAUGACUGUUCUACUUUUAUUAGGUUUAAGAGAAAUUAAUAUUAAUUCUCUUUUAGUUUAAGUUUUUCAAUGAAAUGCAAGCUGCUUAUCAUGUAUGUUAUUAGAA